UGGGAGAUGAUACUACUACCAUGAUUAGUGACAGUGUGUGUGUGUAGAGAGAGAGAGAGAGGGAGAGUAGUGCACUGCAGUAGUGCAGCCGGCGAUCAGUUGCUAUAGAGCAAGAGUGGUUAUAAGAGAGUGGAAACCAGCCACUGUUUUCGUCAUUCGUAAAAACAAAUAUAACGAAUUAACUUUAUUCAUUAAAGAAAUAUGCCUCUCGUUACGGUGAAAACGAAUACGUCAAGUGAAAGCAUCCCUAAAGACUUCCACGUUCGGGUUACGAAAACGUUGGCCGAAGUCAUGGGCAAACCUGAAGAGCGCAUUUCGGUAACUCUGGAGCCAGGAAGGUCCAUGACGAGGGGAGGAACUUCGGAGCCAUAUUGCGAGGUUCACAUAGUAGCCAUUGGGGUCGAGAGCCGCGAAAAGACUCAGCCAGUAGUUCAACAACUAACAAAGGUUAUCACAGACCAGACCGGCAUUCCUUCGCACAGGGUAGCCAUUUGGAUCGUGUCAGCCCAACCACACCACAUAGGCGUCAACGGUGAACUCAUGGGAUGAUGACAAUUGAGAAUCAUUUGCAUUCAUCUUUUUUUAUGUAAAUUAGUAUUAUUCAGUAUUGCUGAAACUGUAUAAUAAGACUUGAAUAUAUUUUUGGUCAAUU